AACCAUAAACGGAUUGGGCGAUGACGGUUUCUAGGGUUUGCUUCGCAUACUGCUUUCGAGGGACAGAAAUCACGAAUCUUGGAUGGAGUUUCAAGGGUAUUUUCGUCAAUGCGGAGAGAGUCCGCUGUAGAAUGAAAACGGUUCUGUUCGGAGAGAAGGAAAACGGGAGCCCUUCAACGAACGAAUCGAGUGCGUCGGUACAAUGACUACGAUUCGGAGGUUUUGCUGCAACGAUCUCCUUCGAUUCGCAUCAGUGAAUCUCGAUCAUCUAACCGAAACCUUCAACAUGUCAUUCUAUAUGACCUAUUUGGCGCGGUGGCCUGACUAUUUCCACGUGGCUGAAGCUCCAGGAAAUCGAAUAAUGGGCUACAUAAUGGGUAAGGUCGAGGGACAAGGAGAGUCAUGGCAUGGUCACGUCACGGCAGUAACUGUAGCUCCUGAAUAUCGAAGGCAACAAUUGGCCAAAAAACUAAUGAACCUACUUGAAGACGUUAGCGAUAAGAUUGAUAAAGCUUAUUUUGUGGAUCUUUUUGUGAGAGCUUCGAAUACACCUGCAAUCAAGAUGUAUGAGAAGCUUGGCUAUAUUGUCUACAGACGAGUGCUUCGAUAUUAUUCUGGAGAGGAGGAUGGAUUAGAUAUGAGGAAGGCUUUAUCAAGAGAUGUAGAAAAGAAGUCGAUAAUUCCUUUCAAAAGGCCUAUAACUCCUGAUGAACUCGAAUAUGAUUAGGCCGAAACUUAUGAAUAUGUUGGCUCUUAAAUUCAGUUGGGCAUUUGUUUCUAGAAAUAUUGUCACCUCUAUUUGAAGAUAUAUGUUAUAUGUUGUGGUUGUUCCAAAAUUGAGAUUAAUGGGAAGUCUUGCUCUUUUAGA